AUGGAAAUUAAUUUGGAUAUAAAAAAGUUUGAAGACGAAGCAGGGAAGGUUACGGAGGAAGGAUUAAAAAUAUUUGCAGAACUCAUAAACGGAUACGACAGAGUAUCGGGAAUAGUGGAAAAAUUUGAAAAAUUGACCGAAGGACUCGUAGCUAAAUUCGAAACAGCAACGGAUAUAAUAUAUUUAGCAAGUCGGGGCGUGACCCACCUGCCGGAAACAGCACUGAACGGGAUAGCAGAAGCGCAAAUAUUAGCAGAGCCAUUUAGACCGGAUCUGAGGUUCCCAGGAGAGACAAAUACGACAAAAGAGAAGGUAGCAGAGAUAUCAAAAGUAGCAAAAGGAACAAUUGAUAGAAAAAUUAUCUACUACAUCGAGAUACCGCUAGUGACAAGAGAGAGUUUGGAUUUCCUCAGGAUAUCACCGUUGCCGGUAGAACAAGAAGGAUUAAAUAUGACGAACGUAGUCGCUUAUUAUAGCCAACGAAUGGAACCAACACAAGAAGUAAAGGAGAAUCACCCUUGUGAGAUACGACUUAUACUAAGGGAGACUGUCAAGAAACUGGAAGAAUGCCCGAUAGUGUUAGCCAAAUUAAAGGUAAUGAAGGCAGGAGUGAUAGACCUAGCGAAAGAUUGCACAGCCCAAAAAUCAGAGACGAGAUUGGACUCGAGUCAGGAGGAGGGCGAGAAUCAGAUAGUCAAGUUUGAGGGUUCAAAUCUGAAUUUGAAAGAAAAAGUGCAGAAAAUAAAAGGGAUGAAACUAGAUGAGAUGUUGGAGCAAAUAAAAACGGUAGUAGAGAGGGAUGGAUUACAGGAGCUUGGUAAACAGGAGCAUGGUCCAGAAAAUAGAUUUUUUAUAGUAAGCCCAAAGGACAUAGUUGUUGCCAGUUUAUAUGACACUGAUGACAGGAUCGAAUGGCUUAUGCGCCAUGAAAAAUUUGAAAAGGCUUUGGAAGCUGUAAGAAAUAACACAAACAAAGAUUGUAAACAUUCUUUGACAGACGUUGGUUAUGUCUAUCUAGAUUACUUGAUUGAUAAUAGAAAGUUUGAUGAAGCUGGAAAAUUGUGCAUAAUAGUAUGUAGACAUAAUAAGAAACUUUGGGAAGAGAUAUUUUAUAAAUUUGCCAAGGUACAUCAGCUGCAGACAAUAUCAAAAUAUCUUCCCAGGGGUGAUAUCUCUUUAGACCCACAUAUAUAUGAAAUUGUUUUACAUGAGUUCUUAAAACUUAAUCCUGGGGGUUUUCUACAACUUAUCAAAGAAUGGUCACCUAAUCUUUAUACUGUAGCAUCUGUCAUAAAUAUGGUCUUAGAUUAUUUUCUUGAACACACAAACGAGAAACAAAGUAUCCUUCUUGAAUCGUUAGCUAUUUUAUACAGCUAUGAUAAUAAGUAUGACAAAGCGUUGGCAAUGUAUCUGAAACUCCAACAUAAGGAUGUAUUUUCUUUGAUUCAAAAACAUCAGCUUUACCAUUCUGUAUAUGACAUGAUAGAAGAGCUAAUGGAUUUAGAUGCUGAAAGGGCAGUGCAAUUUUUUCUUGAGAAGGAAAGGGUACCAUCCGAUGUUGUGGUUUGUAAACUUAAAAAUAAUCAGCGAUACUUGCACAUGUAUUUAGAUGCCUUAGAUAAAAAUGACACAAAAGAUUCGAAAAACAAGUACCAUGACUUACUUGUCAAAUUGUAUGCAGAAUAUUCCAGAGAUAAGCUUUUACCUCUUCUAAGACGCUCUGAUAACUACCCUAUUCAGGAAGCACUGGACAUUUGUGGUAGAAGACAGUUUUAUCCUGAGAUGGUAUACUUGUUGGGGCGUAUUGGAAAUACUUCUCAAGCACUGCAACUUAUGACGCGAGAGCUUAAUGACAUGAAAAGUGCCAUUGAGUUUUGUCAAGAACAAGAUGAUGAAGAGUUAUGGAAUGAUUUAAUUAAUUAUUCCUUGGAAAAGCCAGAAGCUAUUACCUUUCUUCUUCAAAGAGUUGGAACGUAUGUCGAUCCCCAACUUAUUGUUCAAAGGAUCGAACCAUACUUAAAAAUUCCUGGAUUGAAAAAAGCUUUAGUGAAAAUGAUGUGUGAUUACAACCUUCAAGUAUCAGUUCAAGAAGGCUGUACAAAAAUUCUUGCUAAUGAUUAUUUCAAUUUGCAUAAGAAGUUCGUUAAAUGCCAUCAGAAAGGAAUUUUUAUUGAUGAUGAUCAAAUGUGUGGUGCUUGUCAUAGAAAAUUAAUUUUUAGAGAACCCAAAAACCUGGUUGUGUUUUAUUGCAAACAUCCUUUUCAUGAAGAAUGCUUACCUAAUCUCCAAAUCAUAGGCUCAUUCGGCUGCAGGCUGGCUCAGGCUGCUCUCGUGCCUGUGCACAUACAAGAGCCCGCGACGGCUGGGGGCAAGGCCAAUGCUUGGAUCCUAGCUUAUCGUCCCCUAACCUUGGAUGGUCCGUUCGAUAAGCUUAAAUUCUUAAUGGCAGGAGGUGGCACGCACGGAGGAGGACUGAGAAGGGUCGAAAAAGAGUUCAUGGGCGGCAGAAACAAAAUAGACAAAAGAACUCUGUAG